CAAUAGAUCAGCUCCCAUUGUCCCUAGGAGAAGAACCUCGGACGGACCAUUGUGUUCACAAUGGUCGAUGCCCCAUCAGCUUACAACGUCAUCUUAGGGAGUCUUACUCUCAGCUCAUUCCGAACUGCAGUUCCCACCUAUCAUUAAAAGAUAAGUUUUUCGUGGAUUGCCAAGUAGGUGAAGUCAAGGGUGAUCAAACAAUCAUGAGAAAGUGUUGCGUUAAAGUGGUACGAGCCGACUCGCAGAAAACUCGAAGAACCCCAAGGGUCGAGGUUCAACUUGUUCAUGACAUCCCUCCAGCUUGGGUGAAGAUGUCUCAAUAGUACUCAAGCGGUCGAAUCAAACUACUUGGGUGACAAUCGACCUCUCCCUUGAGCUGAAGCAAAAGGCAAUUGCUUGCCUCUCUUGCAACGAGGAUGUCUUCGCUUGGUCAAAUAAGGAAGUCGCAAGAGUAUCACCUACGGUCAUGGAGCAUCGACUCAACACGAACACUGAGGCCAAGCCGGUUCGACAAAAGAAGCGACACUUCGGGUUCAAACACGGUAAGAUAAUCUGAGUUGAGAUUACUAAGUUGAUGGAGGCUGGUCAUAUUCAAGAAGUUCACUUCCCGGCAUGGUUAGCGAAUGUGGUGGUGGUCCCCAAGCCAAGGGGUAAGUGGCGGGCCUAUGUAGACUUUCGGGACUUUAAUAAAGCUUGUCUGAAGGAUUGUUAUUCCCUGCUUUAAAUCGAUCGGUGGACUCAACCUUGAGUUGUGAGCUUAUAUGCAUGUUGGAUGCAUAUCAGAGUUAUUGCCAGAUCCCCUAGUGGUUGGGGAUCAAGAAAAUGUCAGUUUCGUCACCUUGAACGGAACCUUCUAUUAUAUUGUUAUGCCCUUUGGGCUAAAAAAUGCAGUGACAACAUAUUAACGAUUGAUGGAUCAUGUAUUUAAGCAGCAAAUCGGGAGGAAUGUCGAGGUUUAUGUGGACGAUAUUUUGAUCAAGAGUAUUCAGGUUGAGAACCUGAUUGAGGAUAUUGAGGAAACCUAUGGCACAUUGCGUUGAUAUGGUCUUAAAUUAAAUUCGUGAUUGUUCGGAGUCAAGAGCAAUUGUUUCCUCAGUUGCAUUGUAAUUGAGCGAGGAAUCGAGGGUUCAGGCAUUGCAAGAUAUGCCCACAGGCAUUGCAAGCUAGAUCCGAACGGUUCAAGGUCACCAAGCUACUCUUUUGCUCAAAGAUGAAUGACUACAUUGAGCAUUUGGGAUCACUUGAAUUUGCAUUGGAUUAUGAAUUAAGCAUUGACUUAAUUCUGCAUAGUUUACCUGUUAGUUGUUCGCAGUUUGUGAUGAACUACCAGAUGAAUCGCAUUGAAUCCACAAUUCUAGAGUUGAUCAACAUGCUCAAAGAUGUAGAACCUUAUCUAAAGAAAGAACAAAAGACAUUGAUGUUAGUAGACUCCUCAAAUAAAGGUUCUAAAAGGAAGUCAAAACAUCAUGUCACUGGGAAGAAGGAAAAGGCCAAGAUAGUAGAACCGACAACAAAGGGUCCAUGCCAUCAUUGUGGCAAGAUGGGACACUGGCGAAGCAAUUGCAAGAUUUAUCUCAAGUCCAUAUAGAAGAAGAAGGCAUCUGAUGUCCCAUUUGCUUCAGGGGUUAAAGAAUAGCAGAAGACUCGUCAAGGGAGAAACAAAUAUGCAAGUUGGUAAUGGAGCAAAGUGUUCUUCGUGCCUGUUGAAUUAAAAGCUGAGGAUGAAUGCAAAAGUGAACUUGGUCUUGCUGUUAUGCUUUGCCUCUCUUUAUUCUUCUCUUGCAUCACAGAGGGAAGUGGGUGUUCUUAUCGAUAUAAAGACAGCCUUUCAAGAUGUUAACCAGCUUACUUCUUGGAUAAGCAAUCAAGUUUCUCCAUGUAAUUGGAACUUCGUGACAUGUUCUGGUGGUCUUGUUGUGGAGUUGGCACUGUCGUCUAAGGGAUUCAAUGGAACUUUGUCUCCGAGACUUGGAGAGCUUACUAGUCUUCAAACAUUGUCUCUAUCAGACAACUUUAUAUCUGGUUCUAUUCCUAAAGAGCUUGGAAACUUGUUAAGCUUGAGAAGCUUGACAUUGCAGGAUAAUAGACUAAAUGGGACCAUACCAGAUUCUCUUGGAAAUCUGGCAGCACUCCGAAUUAUGGAUUUAAGUGGGAAUGCUUUAAGCGGUAACCUUCCCGGUUCUCUUUCGAACCUAUCAAGCUUAAGUAAUAUUAACCUUGCUUACAACGAUCUCACCGGCGACAUACCCACGAAUCUACUUAAUGUUUUAACCUAUAAUUUCACAGGUAAUAAGCUUAAUUGUGGGACAAACACCUUGAAUAGUUGCACGAACAACAUAACUAAUCGAGGAGAAGCAUCUAAGAAUUCAAAGAGAGGACUCGUAAUCGGAAGUAUCGGAGGAAUAAUAGGACUCCUACUCGUAUGUGGUUUGCUUCUUCUAUGGAGAAGGAAUAAGCAUUACCCACACGAUACUUUUGUUGAUGUUCCAGGUGAAUCAGACCACAAAAUUGCAUUUGGACAACUGAAGAGGUUCACUUGGCGAGAACUAAAAAUUGCAACGGACGACUUUGAUGACAAAAAUGUUCUUGGUCAGGGUGGUUUUGGGAAGGUAUACAGAGGAGUGCUCUCAGAUAAUUCUGAAGUUGCCGUAAAAAGGUUAAUUGAUUACCAAAGUCAUGCCGGGGAAGAUGCAUUUAUCCGUGAAGUUGAAUUGAUAAGUGUUGCUGUUCACAAAAAUCUUUUAAGGUUGAUCGGCUACUGUACGACACCCACCGAGCGCCUUCUGGUUUAUCCUUACAUGAAAAAUCUGAGUGUCGCCUACCGUUUACGAGAACGAAAACAUGGUGAGGCAGUGUUAGAUUGGCCGACGAGGAAAAAAGUGGCCAUGGGUGCAGCGCACGGUCUGGAGUACCUUCAUGAGCAUUGCAACCCCAAGAUCAUUCACCGAGAUGUCAAAGCUGCCAACAUCUUGCUCGAUGAGAAUUUUGAAGCAGUCGUCGGAGACUUUGGCUUGGUCAAAUUGGUGGAUGUUAGGAAAACUUCUGUGACGACUCGAAUUCGAGGGACUAUGGGCCAUAUCGCACCGGAAUAUCUGUCUACCGGCAAGUCCUCAAUCAAGACUGAUGUUUUCGGUUACGGAAUCAUGCUUCUUGAGCUCAUCACUGGCCAACGUGCCAUCGACAUCUUUGAGGGAGAAAUUUUGUUGCUCGAUAAGGUCAAGAAACUAUCGAGGGAACAACAACUUGGUACCAUCAUUGACUGCAACCUCAACAAGGACUACGAUAUUGUGGAAGUGGAAAAGCUGAUUCAAGUUGCACUUCUUUGCACGCAGCAAUCACCGGAAGCCCGUCCAACAAUGUCGGAUGUAAUUCGAAUGCUAGAAGGCGAAGGCUUGACGGAUCGAUGGGAACAGUUGCAACUAGUCGAGGUUAGUCAGAAGCAGGAGUACGAAAGGAUACAAAAGAGAUUGAUUUGGGACGAUUACUCAUCGUAUAACCAAGAACCCAUCGAAUUGUCUACCGGAAGGUGAUGAACCUUAACUUCUAGGGACUUUGCACCAUUUAGUAAGUAAUUCAAUGUUCAAGUACAAGAAUAAGACGAAUAAGACAUGCUAGAUACUUAUUGUUCAUUGUAAUACACAACAAUACUUUACUUGCAAUUUGAAAUUCCUUUGUAGUAGAAAAGAACG